AUGCAUUGUCCAUCGAACAAGAAGAUUCCAUUUACAAUGGCAUCUUCAUCCCAUUGUAGUUCUAAAAACGAACCACUUACAGCUGAACGUGCCAUGAUGGAUCAAAUUCGUUUGAAACUUGAACGUGCUCAACGUCGAUUAGCUCGCAAUUCUCCCGGAAGUUCCGGUAGUAUCACUUCAUCCUCAAGCACGUACAUUGCAUCAUCAUCUGAGGGAUCAAUGAAACCUCCUGUAAAAAGUGUCUUGAUGGAAGAUAUGCCAGCAAUAACUUCGAAACAAUAUGUUCCAUCCUGUUCGACAAGACAAUUGUCUGUCUCUUCUAGUAAACACGUACCAUCUCCAUCGUCUGAUUGUCAUUCGUCUCUUCCGUCAAAAUACAGUUCGAGGAUCGAGUCGUUAAAGGAUGGACAAUAUCAGAGCAAAUCAAAGUAUGCGGAUACUACUGAUCCAUUGAAUGGUGGACCUCCUUCAUUAUCAACCCCUUAUCUGGUUUAUUCGAAUCCUCGUGUCUCGACUACACGUUCCAGUUGGUACAAGGAAGAGAAAGUACGUACGAAUGGUCCACCUUCAGCGAUGCGAUCAGGAGUUGCACGUCCUCCCAAUUCCCGUGUUCGGUUUGAAGGACAUGAAACAAAAGAAGAAGGUCGAAUCUCCAUUGACAAAACAGAACGAAACAAUCGAGAGAUGGAACGAAAACAACGUCACGAUCAAAUUAAAGAACGUCAACACAAUCGAGACAAGGCACAGAAACUUGAGAAUGGACACUUGACGAGACCUUUGACCUCUUCAAUUGCACGGAGUCAUCGCUCCAAUUUGAUUGAACACCCACCAAAUUCUGCAAUUAAAUUUUCAGCUUAUGAUGAUAUGGUACAAACGAUUCCAACAUCAUCACCAGUUGGACGUCCACGACGUAGUUCCAUUGGAAAUCCACCACCAAAGUCGGAUAUAAAGAUAUCGGCCUUUGACACUGUCAUGCCACGUCGCAGAAGUUCCCAGGAGAAGCAAUCAAAGUUUGUAGCAAACGAGGAAGUUGGGAAUGUUGUUGUUGUCGGUGAUACGAAACGUAAUCAGAAGAUUGUCGAGCAAGUUCAUAUUGAGCCAACCUCAACGAUAGGUGUCAAAAUAUUACCAUCAUCGAGGGUACUAGAACCUGAAGUACCAACGAGUGUGUCUGACGAAGACGACACAUCAGCAAAUGAGACGGAUGAUAGUUAUGACUAUGAAUUUUCAGACUUUGAUACGGAUUCAGAGGACCUGCCACCAGGGUACUCGGUUUCUAAGGAUAAUGUGAUUCAAAAGGACCUUGACCCAAGCUUUGAUGAGAAACUUCGAGCUGGCAACUUAGAAGCUUCAUCUUCUCCAGCAACGGAGUUGUCACUUGUCAAAGAAGAGAAGGAAGAGAAGACGCAGCCGGUAUCGAGACUGACGGCACGAGAUUUAGCAUUGCAUGCUCUAGGUCGUGCAAGCAGCAGCUCGCUUUCGAACCUCAGUUCUCCAGUUCCUUCGGUAAAUGGAAGGAAUGCUUCAACCAAUAUGUCUGCAAUAAAAGUGGGCACUGUGGCAGCAAAAUCGAACACACCAGCGCCCAUGUCGUACACACCAGCGUCAUCUGCGUUCCCUUCCGCUCGUGCUCUUGGACGACGAGCUCCUGCUACGACAGGUCGUACGCGAAAGCCGCCAUCGGCUCCUUCGACAUCGGUUUCGAGUUAUGUACGUCGAUCACUACCUCGAACACCAAUGGAUCUAAAGAACGAUUUGCCACCAUCGAUUGGUGUACUCUCGGGUUUAUCCAGUGGAUCAUCGACCUUUGCAAUGAAUCCGUCGCAUUUUUACGACAUUACGUGGAUGGUGGGGGAAUUUGCGUUUUCCGUGCAACGAGUUUACACGGAAGAGAAUGAGUACGAAUUUGACGAUCGGAAUCAGGAACCUCAGCUUUUUUUACGCAUGUUGCUCAACACGGAACGCAGUACUUGCAAAAGCUUUGGGAAUGUCCGUGUAGGUGACGUAUUGAUUCGUGUGGGUGACGUUUAUGUAUCGGACCUUGGACUGGAAGGAUCAGGCUCGGUGCUUACGAAAUUUUUUGCAAAAUUAACGGGACAAAUCCCGAUUAAACUCACAUUUCAACGCAUGUCACCAAGUGAUUGGGAAGGAGGUGUGGAACUUUGA